CGCCCCAACGCACGUCCAGUUUUUGCGUCGCCUCGUUACGUCGGACGACGUACGCGGCUCGCUCUCGCGCAGCCUCGUCCUCCUCCUCUUCCUCUUCCUCCGCCUGCCGCUGGGGCUGAUUGACAAUAAUAGCGACGCGUCCGUCUGGAGUUUCGUGUCAGCGGCGGGGGGGCACUUUUCAGAAGGGUAGCCGGUCCGUGGCGACUUGAGUGCGAGCGGCCUUCGCCGGGCGAGCGUGUAAAUGAAGCAGAAAUAAGAAAACCUCGCGUUGCUAAAGAGAAACUCGCCUUUUGCGGGGAGCUCGAGGGGGGAAAGGCUCGGUUCCGAUGCUGAAUUCUGUGGAAAAGCGACAUCAAUACAAAGAUCCUAUUACGUACUGGGCCGGUAAGAAAAAUUCCGGACUGCAGAGAUCCGACAGGGAUUUCUUUUGUGUCCCGUCAACAGCAAGGUGCCAACGGAUUUUCUCGACCCCCUUUUCCACCAAAGACUGAUAAACGUGCCAUUGUCCCCGUAACCCUUGUGGAUUACAGAUCGAUCUGCCAUAUUUCUGGACCUUCACAACUUUUGACCCGAGUGAAGAUUUUUAAAGCUGUUCUCGGACCAUCCAGACGAGGAAUCGCUGUGCAGGCGGUGUCACGGAUCUACUCCACCUGCACAACUGCUAGCUGAGCAUCUACCGCUGCUUGUCUGACUCCGCGGGGCGAAAAGCGGCAUCAUAGCCCGAUUAAGCUGGUCUUACCGCCGCGCACUCGCCCGUAAAUGACCACCGGCAGAAAUAAUCGCAUCAUGAUGGAAGGUGUAGGCGCAAGAGUGGUCAGGGGCCCGGACUGGAAAUGGGGGAAGCAGGACGGGGGAGAGGGCCACGUCGGCACGGUGCGGAGCUUCGAGAGCCCCGAGGAGGUGGUGGUGGUGUGGGACAACGGCACCGCGGCCAACUACCGCUGCUCCGGCGCCUACGAUGUGCGGAUUUACGACAGCGCGCCGACCGGCAUCAAGCACGACGGGACCAUGUGUGAUACCUGCCGCCAGCAGCCAAUCAUCGGCAUCCGCUGGAAGUGUGCAGAGUGCACCAACUACGACCUGUGCACCACCUGUUACCACGGGGACAAGCACCACCUUCGCCACAGGUUCUACCGCAUCACGACGCCGGGAAGCGAGAGGGUUCUGCUGGAGUCCAGGAGGAAGUCCAAGAAGAUCACAGCGCGAGGUAUCUUCGCAGGAGGCCGUGUGGUGAGAGGUGUGGAUUGGCAGUGGGAAGACCAAGAUGGCGGCAAUGGGAGAAGGGGCAAGGUAACAGAGAUCCAGGACUGGAGCGCCGCCAGUCCGCACAGCGCCGCCUACGUCCUGUGGGACAAUGGAGCAAAGAACCUCUACAGAGUGGGCUUCGAGGGCAUGUCUGACUUGAAAUGUGUCCAGGAUGCCAAAGGGGGGAGUUUUUACAGAGACCACUGCCCUGUUCUGGGUGAGCAAAACGGUAACCGGAACCCGGGUGGGCUGCAGAUCAGCGACCUGGUGAACAUUGACCUGGACCUAGAGAUCGUGCAGUCGCUGCAGCACGGCCACGGCGGCUGGACUGACGGCAUGUUCGAGACCCUCACCACCACCGGCACCGUCUGCGGCAUCGACGAGGACCACGACAUCGUGGUGCAGUACCCCAGCGGAAACCGGUGGACGUUCAACCCGGCUGUGCUGACCAAGGCCAAUGUGGUGCGCAGCGGCGACUCGGCAGUGGGGGCCGAGGGCGGCAGCUCCCAGUUCAUGGUGGGCGACCUGGUGCAGAUCUGCUACGACAUCGACCGCAUCAAGCUGCUCCAGAGGGGCCACGGGGAGUGGGCCGAGGCCAUGCUUCCGACCCUGGGCAAGGUGGGUCGCGUCCAGCAGAUCUACUCCGACAACGACCUGAAGGUGGAGGUGUGUGGGACGUCUUGGACAUACAAUCCUGCCGCCGUCACCAAAGUGGCCCCCGCUGGUUCGGCUGUCAGCAACUCCUCCGGAGAGCGCUUGUCGCUGCUGCUGAAGAAGCUCUUCGAGACCCAGGAGUCAGGAGACAUCAACGAGGAACUUGUGAAGGCAGCAGCCAACGGAGACCUGGCCAAGGUGGAGGACAUCAUGAGGAGGCCUGACGUAGAUGUGAAUGGGCAGUGUGCUGGUCACACAGCUAUGCAGGCUGCCAGCCAGAACGGUCACGUGGAUGUCCUGAAGCUGCUGCUGAAGUACAGCGUGGACCUGGAGGCUGAGGAUAAGGAUGGUGACCGCGCCGUGCACCACGCAGCCUUUGGGGACGAGGGCUCCGUCAUCGAGGUCCUGCAGCGGGGAGGCGCCGACCUGAAUGCUCGCAACAAGCGGCGUCAGACUCCACUGCACAUCGCCGUCAACAAGGGCCACCUGCAGGUGGUCAAGACGUUGCUGGACCUGGGCUGCCACCCGAGCCUCCAGGAUUCUGAAGGAGACACACCGCUCCACGACGCCAUCAGCAAGAAGAGGGAUGACAUGCUGUCGGUCUUGCUGGAGGCGGGCGCUGAUGUCACCAUCACCAACAACAAUGGCUUCAAUGCGCUGCACCAUGCCGCUCUCCGCGGGAACCCCAGCGCUAUGCGUGUCUUGCUCUCCAAGCUGCCGCGGCCCUGGAUCGUGGACGAGAAGAAGGACGACGGUUACACGGCGCUGCACCUAGCGGCCCUCAACAACCACGUGGAGGUGGCUGAGCUGCUGGUGCACCAGGGCAGCGCCAGCCUGGACAUUCAGAACGUCAACCAGCAGACCGCCCUGCACCUGGCAGUGGAGCGACAGCACACCCAGAUCGUCAGGCUGCUGGUACGGGCCGAGGCCAAGCUGGAUGUCCAGGACAAGGACGGGGACACGCCGUUGCAUGAAGCCCUGCGCCACCACACACUGUCCCAGCUGCGGCAGCUGCAGGACAUGCAGGACGUCAGCAAGGUGGAGCCCUGGGAGCCGUCGAAGAACACGCUGAUUAUGGGUCUGGGCACCCAGGGGGCUGAGAAGAAGAGCGCCGCCUCGAUCGCCUGCUUCCUGGCCGCCAACGGCGCCGAUCUCACCAUCCGUAACAAGAAGGGUCAGUCACCGCUGGACCUGUGCCCCGACCCGAGCCUCUGCAAGGCUCUGGCCAAGUGCCACAAGGAAAAGAGCAGUGGCCAGGUGGGGUCGCGCAGCCCGUCACUAAACAGCACCUGCGAGACACUGGAGGAGUGCAUGGUGUGCUCGGACAUGAAGCGCGACACACUGUUCGGGCCCUGCGGCCACAUCGCCACCUGCUCGCUCUGCUCGCCGCGCGUCAAGAAGUGCCUCAUCUGCAAGGAGCAGGUCCAGUCUCGCACCAAGAUCGAGGAGUGCGUGGUCUGCUCGGAUAAGAAGGCGGCCGUUCUCUUUCAGCCCUGUGGCCACAUGUGUGCCUGUGAGAACUGCGCCAGCCUGAUGAAGAAGUGCGUGCAGUGUCGUGCCGUAGUGGAACGCCGCACGCCUUUCGUUCUGUGCUGCGGAGGGAAAGGUAUGGAGGAGCAGGCCGCUGAUGAAGACAUUACAGGGGGUUCUAGCUCAUUGGCAGGGAGCUCGCAGGACCUGCUCCAGCCCAACAAUCUGGCCCUGAGUUGGUCCAGCGGAAACAUCGCUGCCCUGCAGAGAGACAAGGACAACACCAACGUCAACGCAGACGUGCAGAAGCUGCAGCAGCAGCUGCAGGACAUCAAAGAGCAGACCAUGUGCCCGGUGUGUCUGGACCGGCUGAAGAACAUGAUCUUCAUGUGCGGCCACGGCACCUGUCAGCUGUGCGGGGACCGAAUGAGCGAGUGCCCCAUCUGCCGGAAGGCCAUCGAACGCCGCAUCCUGCUGUAUUAGAGCGCCACCUCCUAGCCCUCGUCGUCCCGUUCCCUCCCCUCUCCACUGCUAACUGAAAACGAAUACGUAAAAACGAACAACCUUCGAGUGUUACGGAGCCGAAAAGCGCUCGGGAGUUCGGAAGUUUCUCUGAGCGUCUCGCUCAUGUUAAGUGUUGUCCAGCAGGGGGAGCCGCUGAGCAGGAGAAGCGAGAGUCCCGCUAAUAUUUCCGUGUAUUUGGCGGCCGGCCUCCGCUCCCUUCCGACGGAUGCCAGUGUGGGCUUUGCUGUAGACGACCUCUUAUCGCAAGGUCAUUGUUUCAUUUUAUUUUUUCGUUAUAUAUUGUUAUAUAUAUUCUCUCCGAUGGGAACGUUUAAUUCGUAGUCAGCCAUUCUCUGAGAUUCCCCUCCUGUAGCUGCUGUAGUGAGUAAGCCUUCCAGUCCCCGCUUGCUAUCGUUAAAGUGCACUCUGGCCGUAGCUAUAAAACAAGGGACGAUGUAACGCCACUAACGCAGAGUUUCAGGGCACUAAUAGACGCCAGCAUGAAAAGGGGAACAGGAGGGGAGAUUGAGAAUGAAUCCGACGGCAGACCCCCUUGGGCCUGAUAUCACAUUGGAAUACGUUUCCUUGGGCUGGUUGAACCACAUGCCUGCCCCCCCCCCCCCCCCUUAACUGCGGCAAGUGGUCGAAUUGAUCUUACAGUGCAUUCGGGUCACGGUGCUUGAAGUCCACCUCGAGUGCUGAUAAGGGGUUGAUAGGGUGGCCCGAUUGCCCGGGCAGCAGUUUAUCGUACCGUUGCCGUGCCCAGAUUACCCAAACGCGGGCCCAGUGCGACACAGUAAGGCCUGCCCGCAGAAUCUGCACGUGUCUUCACCAGAUUUGUUUUUUCACCCCCAGUAUUAGUGUUGUGAGCAGUUAGUCACUGAAAGGGAUCGAUGUUCUCAAACACUGCGGUCACGGGCGGUGGAAAAAGUGUAUAUGUACAUCUUACGGCUGCCAUUCUCCAGUAGUAUUCACUGCACGAGUGUUUGCACACGGCUACUUGCAGGAAAUGGGUGCUUUGUCCGUCUCUCCUGUUAGUCUGAAUGACUGUAGUCUUGAAAACGUAACAUUUAACACUGUGCUUUUCUUGCAGAAACCGAGCUGUUUCCGCCUUGCUGCUGUCGAUACGCUUACUGCCCUUUUAGCACUAAACGUGGCUUUAUUUUAUUUUACUGUUUUCCUCCCCCAAGUUCUCAGAUUAGCUUGUUCUGGCCUGUCUGUGCUACUCGAGUGAGGGCCAGCCAUCUCUCAGCAUGAUUUGAGUUCUCCCUCAACGGCCUUGUUGCUGUAAUGACACCAGUCACCGGGGAUGAGUUUAUGGUCAGUGGGAAGUUCUGUCCUUGUCCUGUAGGCGGAGCCGGUGAUCACCGUCUCAGCUUGGCUAACGUUUGCUUCAUUGGCCACGUGCGUUGACCUCUUUGUUCGUCUUGUCCGGUCAUGUUAACACGUUAAGCUAAGAAGCACUAAUGUACUUUAACAGUAAUGUUUGUGUUGUACUUCAGUUAUUUGAUGCCUUUUUUAAACUAUCUACAGAAUGCACAUUGUUUUCAACCUUGGAAGGUCUUAGUAGAAUUAAUUUUCCCCUGUUGUUUUUUAUUAUUAUUAUUAUUAUUAUUAUUAUAAUUAUUAUUAUUCCCAUUUGUGCUUGUGAGGCGCUGCUGAUCUUGUACACGCUGUCCAUUCUGUAUUGCUACAUGCUUUUAAAUGAGAUCGAAAUAAAAGAUCCCUGCAACCCUGUGGCUAUGAGAACAAAC